GGCCGCUCCCAUGGAGGCAUUCCCCGGCGCCAAGCUGGAGCAGCACCGGCACCUCCCGCCCGUGGAGUGCCUGCCCGGCGCCCGCUACGGCGGCCGGAGCCACAGCGCCUGCGGGAACGUCUUCAACUCCUGGAACGACUACCUGGGGCUGGCCACGCUCAUCACCAAGGCCGUGCGCCCCGGCAAGGGCUUCGGCGCAGAGCCCCCCUCGGUGGUGGUGGCGGCCGCCGUGCCGCCGGCCGAGGAGGAGGAGGAAGAGGAGGAGGAGGAGGAGGAAGAGGCGGCGGGGCCGUACUUCGAGGGCGCGCUGGACUUGCACGACCUGGACCUGUGCGGGCAUCACCAUCACCACCACCACGGCGAGGGGCUGCUGGAGGAGCGCUUCGCCGACUUCAGCCCGUUCCCCGGGCGCGGCGGCCCCGCCGCCGUGGUGUUCGACUGCUCGGGGGAGCACCCGGGCCGGGAGGGCUCUGCCUGGGGCGGCGUGGUGGUGGCGGGGCGGCUGCCGGCGCACCCGCGGGCCGCCUCCCGCCUGCUCAAGCCCGAGCUGCAGGUCUGCGUCUUCUGCCGGAACAACAAGGAGGCGGUGGCCCUCUACACCACGCACAUCCUCAAGGGACCCGACGGCCGCGUCCUCUGCCCGGUGCUGCGGCGCUACACCUGCCCCCUCUGCGGCGCCAGCGGCGACAAUGCCCACACCAUCAAGUACUGCCCCCUCUCCAAAGUGCCGGCGGCCCGGCAGCUCCGGCACGCCCGGACGGCGCUGGGCAGGAAGGGCCGCUGACC